AUGCGUACGAGGCAUUUUGGCUUUGCAGCCAUCCCGCCAGCCCCUGGAGCUAAAAGUCGGCCUGCAGUAGUUUUAAGCGACGCCGUUGCUACCUUACCUUUCCAUUGCCAGUUGAGUACGACGUUUCUCGGCAUCAUUUCCAAAGCUGCAGAGUUCAUCACAAAUAAACAUUCAUUUUCUUGGAGAUGCAGGUUGAGUGCAGCAGUAAUUUGGACAAGGAGAAACAAGAGAUGGAACGUCCGGGGCUGA